GUACAACCAUUCCAAAUCCCUUCUCUCUCAAAAAUACUCAUUUGGGUAAGUAUAUAAAAAUUAUAUAUUAUGCCUUUUACUCUUUAAUUUUUAGUUUUUAAUUUUAUCAAAAAUAGGUGGUUAAUUUAAUUAGAUAUUUUUAAGAGAAUUAAGGCGAAAUGAAUGCAAAAGAAUUGAGGCUCCUAGGGUUUGUUCUGGCCAUGAUGAUGGUGGUGAUGAACUGUUGCUUGGCUGCUGGAAGAAGCAAACAGGUCCAGGAGCUGGAGCAUGAGCAUGGUCAGAAUUAUGUGAACGAGGCUGGAAAUGGUGACGCAGCUGCAGCUAGCCCUGCAAGUAGUAUCAACGACGACAACAAGCACCAUUACAUUUCCCGGGGAAACUUUAAUGGUGGCAGCGGAGGAGACGGAAAUCCGUAAGACCACGUACUUUGGGUGGAGAGAUAUAUGAUUAUAUGGUGUUGCAAUAUAUGAAUAAAUUAAUUAAGACAUG